GAAAAAAACAUUUUUAUGAUCUUCAGGAUGGAGCUAAUUGGCGGGAUUAUAAGAAUUUUUCUUCUCGUGAUCUUUGGUUGCUCCAUUGUCGACACUCCAGGUCAGAAAACAAUCAAAGCAAAACCUGGACAAGACGUCAUUCUGCCGUGUAAAGUCACUGAUCACCAAUCAGUGACAGGUGUGGAGUGGACCAGAGAGGAUCUGAAGGAAGAACAUGUCCUCCUCUAUAAAAACAACAAAGAUGAUCCAGAUGGCCAGCAUCCGUCCUACAAGGACCGGGUGGAUCUGCAGGACAGAGAGAUGAAGGAUGGAGACGUGUCUGUAGUCCUGAAGAACGUGACACCUAAUGACAAUGGAAUAUAUGAGUGUCGGCUGGAGAGAGAGAUAUUUGAUCCUACCCCCAUCUGCUCCAUUCAGCUGGUUGUUCUUCCUCCAGGAGACAAGGAUGAACGGAAGAACCGUGGAGGGAAGAACGACUGA